AUCUAAUUCGAUGAAUAAUGUAUUAUAGUAAUAUUAUGUAGGAUAAAAUAAGAUGAUUGUUCAUUAUCGAUAUUUUAGGUAAAUCGAUUGUCUACUGUCAGUGCCAGUUGUACCUAUGCUGGCAAGCUUCUUUAAGUGACUCUUUACAGUUUGCUGUAGUCGCAACUGUUUCGCUCUACAUUUUUCAUACUUUCAUUUUUAUUUUAUUUUUUAAAUGUGCUUGCCAAUUUUAAUACAUUUAUAUAUAUUUUAAAUAAUAAAAAAUGCCAUCUUAAUUAUCUAAAAUAGUUACCAAAUAUAGUUUUAAUUUAAUGUUCAAUACAAUUGCUAAAAUGACUGAAACCGAUUUGAAAAAAAUUCCAUUUUUUAAACUGUUAAAUCUUGAGGCUAUUACUCCAGAGAAUGAUUCAUCCACGGCGUGCACAGCCCUGUUGUGGCAAAGUGGGCCAAUGAUACUUGAAACAAAUUAUUUUAGGUGUUAUACUGUUAUCUAUAAAAUUACAUUCAUUUACUCACCGGUCAUCACCCACUGUUUAAAUUUUAAGAUUUUCAAAAAUCAUUUAUUAGCUUUCCCACGCAAUAAUGCAGAUCUCGUAUGCAAAAAUAACAAUAUAAAAACUGGAUAUGAAAAUUUUUGUAUUAAAAAAGGCACUUUAAAGUUGUUUCCAUUUAAAGACUUUGAUUUUAUUGGUAAACAUGUUGUUUGUCAAAAAUGCUGUCAAAAGUUUGCUUCAAAAUUGUCUUAUAAAGCACAUGUUGGUACUGGUAUUUGUGUUAGAACUUAUAAUGGGCCGAAUCUUAUCUAUCUUAAAUACAAGAACAGAAAUUAUAGACAAGUUCGGAAAAAAAAUAAAAGAAAAUCUGAAGAAGAUUUUCACGGUCAUGAUAUAAAAAAAAAUUUGUUAAAUCCUGAAAUGUUGAACACUUUACAGACUCGAAAUAAAGUCUAUUCUGAUAUAACACACCAGCGAAAUAAAGUCAAAGAAAAACCAAUGAAUAAUUCAGAUAAAAAUAAUGAUGAGCCCUCUGUGAAAAAACCUAGAGGAAGACCUAAAAAGAACAUUAUUAGUAAUAAUGUUGAGAUUAACCUAAAAAAACGAGGCAGACCUAAGAAGUUAAAUGCUGUGACAGUUGAUAGCUCAAGUCAAAAUGAUAACAGUUCAAGUAGUAACCUGGAUAUUGAUGAGUCUGAAAAACCAAAAAACCUAAACAAUUGUAGUCUUGAUGAUGCAUUCAAUAACAAUAUUAAUGAAGAUGGCAAAUUACAAUCGUUAUCUUCCAAAAUGAAAUAUUUAUCAACAAAGUUUUGGAAACUUUUUAAAAAAGAGUGUAUACAGAAAGGUGUAGAUAUUAAUAAAUAUCAAAAUCCUACCAAACACCAAACCCAGUAUAAUGAAGAAAAAAAAGGUGAUUUAUCAGCUGAAGAAAAAGAAAUUUUUCUUAAGAUUGAAGAACUAGAAUAUGAUUUUAAGUUUCUUUCUAAACAGUUUCAGGGUAAGAAAGAAUAUCCGUUUAAUGAUGAAAUAAAAUUAAUUCUGACAAAAAUUAGUGAAAAGCGUGGUGAAAUUAAACAAAGUAAACUGAAGAAGACUGAUAUGAAGGGAUCAAUACCAGAUGAAGGCAAAGAAAAUAUUCAACAUACACUCCAAAAGAAUGAUAAUGAAACUGAGAUUGAUAUUAAUAACAUAAAUUUUGAUAAAAAUGAAAAAUGUAUAGGAAUAUGGAUAAAUAAUAGUAAUACUGUUUCCCCCACCAUAACCAUAAAAAUGAAUGAUGGUUGUAAAUCCAUUAAUCGUACAAAUGUAGAUCAUUUUAAAAAAGAAUCCACUAAUCAGGAUAGUUUAAAAACAUUUACAGUGGAUAAAACUCCAAAUAAUACUAAUUCAGUUAAAAAUCAUUUAAAUGAUCUUGGUUUAAAUUAUAUGUACAACCCUAUAUUGAACUGUAGAAAAUGCAGAAAAAAAUUUACUUCUAUUGCUGAAUGGAAAUUGCAUCGUUCUGAACAUUUGGUUAAGUUAAAUAAAAUAUUUUUAUGUAAAGUUUGUGGACUUAAAUUCAAAGUAUAUAAAAAUUUUACAAAACAUCUUAAUAUUCAUAAAAAAACAGAACAAAAAAAAUCAUAUGAUAAAAAAAAUUUAAAAAAUUUAGUAUGCAAGAUAUGUAAUAAACAGUAUGAUUACCUUAGAUCAUAUUAUGCCCAUAUUAAAACCCAUGCUGAUGAAUAACUUUUUUUUAAAUUACCCGAUACAUGCAUUUUUUAAUGUACAGUACCUUUUCUAAAACCAUCAUAUAGAUUGUUCACCAUGUUUAAAUUGAUUUAUUUUUGUAUUUUAUGGUUUAAUUAAAAUAUUCUUAUAUUAAAAUUGCUACAAUUUAUGAAUUUUGGUAUCUUUUUAAAAUAAAUUAUUUUUUAUAGUAUUAUAUUAUGUAUAUUUUAAUUAUAAUCAAUUUAGUUUUAAAAAUAAAUAAAAGUCAAAACAAUGAUAAAAUGUAUAAAUUGUUUGUAAUAUUUUACUUUUAUAGCAUGAGAUAUCAAAAGCAUUACAUUUAUUUUGUAUACUAUGUAGGUAUACUCAUAUUAUAUAUUCUUAAAUCAUAAACUAGUAUUGCGUGUAUUAUUUACUGAUCACAAAAUGUCUCAAGGAACAGUUCCCCUGCAUUGUCUAGCGUCAACUACCAGUCUGUUAGAUGGACGAGUAUCUGCAGCCAGUCGUGUUCUAUUAUCCGCUGCAUCUAGAUGUUGCAGGGAAACCGUACCUUCAUAUUCUAGAUUGAGUGUACCUUAAAUGCCUUGGUUUCACAAUAGUGUAUGUAUAUUUAUUAUUCUUCAUUAACUAUGUUAAACAAUUUUUAGGUUAGAGUGAGUACUUUAAAAGUGUUGCUGCAACUUCAAAGACAGGAAGUUUCAUUAUUUUAAAAACUGUUGUUAUCUUAGUGUAGUGUUUUUUGUUGUUGUUAUUAUUUUAUAGUUAGUAUUGUUAUGAAAAAUGUAUUAACUACAACAAAUUAAUUUUCCAAACAUUACAUAUAUUUUUUUGGGUUAUUUUAAAGAUCACUUAAAUAAAUCAAGCUCUGAUAAAUUUA